AUGAAAACAAAGCUCGCGCGCCACGCACUGACUCAUUCGGACAAGAAAGCGUUUGGCUGCCACGUUUGCGGCCGAAAAUUUUCCCGGAGAGACGCACUGAGGGUACAUGCCCGUACGCACACUGGCGAGAAGCCUUACACCUGCCACCUAUGUCCCGCUACGUUCGCGCACUUCUUCACGCUGAAAAGGCACGUCGCAAGCCACACCGGCGAGCGACCUCACAGGUGCGACAUGAGUACGCUGAAGGCGCAUGUUCUGACCCACACCGGCGAGAGACCUCAUAGGUGCGACGUGUGCGGCAAGACAUUUGGGCGAAGAGGAACUCUCUCGCGUCAUGAGCGCACACACUCAUCGAGUAGCCGAGCUUCACUGUGA